AGAGCACGGAGAAAGUGGUGUUCUCCAGAACAGCACAGAGGGAAUGUCAGGAGAGACCGCCUGCAGCCUGCAUCUCGGGGCGUCUGGGCUGAAGGGUGUGUUCCUGAGAGCCGCGGAGCUGCGGGUGGCUGCUGGCUCCUGGUCAGACGAUGCCUCACUGUGCCUCAGCCAGAGGCUGGCAGCAAGCUGGAGGAAGAGGAGGCUGAGGAAUGCUCGCCCUAUGCAGCCCACCUCUAUGACGCCGAGGACCCCUCCACGCCCCUGCGGACGGUGCCGGGGCUCUGCGAGGACUACUGCCUGGACAUGUGGCAGACGUGCCGGGGCCUCUUCCGCCACCUCUCGCCCGACCGCGAGCUCUGGGCCCUGGAAGAGAACCGAGCCAAGUUCUGCCGCUACCUGUCCCUGGAUGACACGGACUACUGCUUCCCACGCCUACUGGUCAACGAGAACCUCAACUUGAACCUGGGCCGAGUGGCGGCCGAUGCCAAGGGCUGCCUGCAGCUGUGCCUGGAGGAGGUGGCCAACGGGCUGCGCAACCCGGUGGCCAUGGUCCACGCCCGGGACGGCACCCACCGCUUCUUCGUGGCCGAGCAGGUGGGGCUGGUGUGGGCCUACCUGGCUGACCGCUCGCGCCUGGAGAAGCCCUUCCUGAACAUCAGCCGCGCCGUGCUCACCUCGCCCUGGGAGGGCGACGAGCGGGGCUUCCUGGGCAUCGCCUUCCACCCCGACUCCCCGCGCAACCGCAAGCUCUACGUCUACUACUCCGUGGGGGUCGGCUUCCACGAGUGGAUCCGCAUCAGCGAGUUCAGAGUCUCCGAGGACGAUGAGAACGCCGUGGACCACGGCUCCGAGAGGAUAAUCCUGGAGAUUGAAGAACCAGCUGCCAACCACAAUGGGGGUCAGCUGCUCUUUGGGGACGAUGGGUACCUGUACAUCUUUACCGGAGAUGGCGGGAUGGCUGGAGACCCCUUCGGAAAGUUUGGAAAUGCCCAAAACAAGUCGGCGCUGCUGGGCAAGGUGCUGCGCAUCGACGUGAACCGCAACGAGCGCGGCCCGCUCUACCGCAUCCCGCCCGACAACCCGUUCGUGGGCGACCCGGCCGCGCGGCCAGAGGUCUACGCCCUGGGCGUGCGCAACAUGUGGCGCUGCUCCUUCGACCGCGGCGACCCGGCGACGGGCGCGGGCCGCGGGCGCCUGUUCUGCGGUGAUGUGGGCCAGAACAAGUUCGAGGAGGUGGACCUGGUGGAGCGCGGCCGCAACUAUGGCUGGCGCGCCCGCGAGGGCUUCGAGUGCUACGACCGCAAGCUGUGCGCCAACGCCUCCCUGGAUGACGUGCUGCCGAUCUUUGCCUACCCGCACAAGAUGGGCAAGUCGGUCACAGGGGGCUAUGUGUACCGGGGCUGCGAGUACCCCAACCUGAAUGGCCUCUACAUUUUCGGGGAUUUCAUGAGCGGGCGUCUGAUGUCCCUCCGAGAAAACCCAGGGACAGGCCAGUGGCGGUACAGUGAGAUCUGCAUGGGCCGUGGCCAGACCUGCGCAUUCCCAGGCCUCAUCAACAACUACUACCCACACAUCAUCUCCUUUGCAGAGGAUGAGGCGGGGGAGCUGUACUUCAUGUCCACGGGCGUGCCAAGUGCCACGGCUGCACGUGGGGUCAUCUACAAGGUCAUCGACCCCUCCCGACGAGCGCCACCCGGCAAGUGUCAGAUCCAUCCCACCCAGGUGAAGGUGAGGAGCCGCCUCAUCCCCUUUGUGCCCAGAGAAAAGUUCAUCCGAACGCCAGAGAGCACCCCACGGCCCACCAAGGCGCCCCGCAGGACCCGUCCCACGGCCGCUCCGCGCACUCCCACCCCGCGGCCGGUCAGGCCCACCCGGCGGCCAGGGGGCCGAAGGGGCGGAGGACGGCGACGGGGGCGGCCGAGCACCGCGGACCCUACGCCCUCCAACGGCGCGGUGCGCCUGGUGCGACCCGCAGGACUGAGCUCCGGCCGAGGACGCGUGGAGGUGUUCGUGGGCGGACGCUGGGGCACCGUGUGCGACGAUGCCUGGGAUACCAAGGCCGCCGCAGUUGUGUGUCGCCAGCUGGGCUUCGCACAUGCAGUGCGCGCAGCAAAGCGUGCGGAGUUCGGCGAGGGCCGCACGCUACCCAUCCUGCUGGACGACGUGCGCUGCGCGGGCAGCGAGCGCAGCCUCCUUGAGUGCGCGCACGCCGGUGUGGGCACGCACAACUGCGGGCACCAAGAGGACGCGGGCGUUGUGUGCAGCCACGAAGACCCGUACUCAUAGCCAAGCCUCGGCUACCCAGCCUGGCCAUCCAGCCGGCAGGCAGCCCAGUGUGCGCCUGGUUAUGCACACGUAUCUAACCGGAGAGGGUGGUGUGGGUGUGUCCCAAGAGGUGGCCUUAUCUGCCUAGCUGUCCUGUUGGACCUGUGUGAGGUGUUGCAGUGCACGUGUGCCCUCGUGUGUCCCUGGCCGUGUGCCUUCUGCAGACUUAAUGCUGGUGUGUUGGGACGGUGUGGUCUGCCAGUGUGUGAUCUUGGGGCAAGAAGAGCUCUUUUUUACUUCCAAGUCUCCAGAUAGCAGCAGGAACACCGUCCUUUAAUGACUGCAUGCAUGAAGACACCUCUGGCCGACUGAAGGAGAGGGCCUGUCCAGCAGUGCAGGAGCAGAGGGUGCCAGACCAGCUGGAGCCUGGCUCAGAGAUGGUGGUCCAAAGAGCAUGGCCCAGUGGCCCAACAGUCCAAGGCACUGGAGAGAACAGAACGCAUGCUGUGGGGCAAAGAGAAGCUGCUCAUGUGGACAGAUCCCGGGUGUCCUGUGGCCAUGUCGGCCCUUUGAGAGGAAGUAAGUAGCCAUCUCAGGAGACAGCUAGCCAGGGGGCACCGGUGAAGUCCCCUGGUCAUCUGGACGUCACUGUCAUGCUAAGCACCUGCAGGUGCUCCAAGGAUAGUUCCUGGCCUCCUCCAGCCCUGAAGCCUGUCCUCUCCUGCUCCUGGGACAGAAGGACCCCAUGCUGAGCAGAGCUUUCCCCUGCAACCUCUCCAAGCACCUGGGCGCCAUUGAGUGGGGGGCCCUGCCCUGCUACUUACAGGGUUGUGUCAGGACCAUCAGGCCACCUCUGUUAUCUCCAUCCCCAUUCCUGCUCUGAAACCCCAAAGACCCUCUGAUUUCUCUAGCCCUACUCAGGGGCCACCAGGCUGGGGGCCAGUGAGACUACUGAGAGCUUGUCCCCAGGACUAUGCCAACAAUGUGACUGUUUACAGA